CAAGCUCAAGGCCUUAGGUUCAACAUUUGAGUCCGGUUUCGCAACGUCAAGUGUAGCAAUUAUUCAUUUCUAACACUGAAGCUUGACUACAUAGCGCCUCACAAUGCGGACAGAGCUCUUCAUUCUCCUCGCUUCGAUUUCCUGCUUCUCAUCCACUGCCGCUCUACCAGCUAACUCCGCUGUAUCAACCACACAUGACCCGCGAGCCACAAUCGAAGAACAUCCGCUCGACAAACGCCAAGACACCUACGAGCAAAUAAUCUGCGAGCGCGCCGCAGACGGCACCGACACCGUCGGCGGCUACCGCGACGACGGCUACGGCAUCGCAACCUGGCUCGAGGGCCUCGGCGGCGGAAACCAGGACUGCACGCUCGAGCGGCGCGCGGGGACCACGGACUUCGUCGUCGCGAUGAUCGGCGGGAAUGAGCGCACGGAGGUGAAUAUUUAUUUCACGGAGCGGGAUCCGCAGGCGUAUCGCGUGACGUUUAAAUGUAAAUUCGUUGGUGCGAUGCUCAGGGAGCUGGUGCAGUUGUGCACGCAGAAAGGGCAGACGAGGCUGAGAUCGCGCAGGUGGCUUCCGAACUGCAAUGUCACGGGUCUUGCUUGGACGGGAUCGACGGAACCGCUGGAGGAAGGGGGUGCGAUGCUUGAGAUUGCUGAAACUGGGUUUCGUUGACGGGCAUUUGGUGCUCAUUACGGAGCAAGGCCGGGUCGUAGUUAGGCGUCCGUCAUGCACAAGGAGAUUGGGUCUAGCCUUGAAAUGGGGAUCGCAUUUGGAAUGAAUAAAACUAAAUACCACCGCCAUCAUCAUCCGGCACUGUCUUAAGGAGCACUGGCGAUAGCGAGAUUUUCCUCUUCAUGCCCCAUAUCUCCACCUGUGCCCAGCCCACGCAUUUCCGCGGUGAUUUAGAUUGCGCGUCCAAGAACACGGCGUCUGGGUCGUCUGGCCAGGUGAAGGUAUAAAGACUCGUAUCUGCCGUACACAUGAGUGAGAUACGGAGGACCUCGAUGCAG